UUUAUCUUGUGCGUUAGUCAUCUGUAGAUAUUCAAACAAUCCAGUUGGAAGCGAAAACAUAAUAGUUGGCUAUACAUGCCAAAGCAGGUCGCAGGAACUUAACAAAAACAAAAAAAACAAUAAACAAGAUAAAUAUUAUAAAAUUAUCAAACCACUCUGCAUAAGCCUAACUAUAGAUCAUUUUUCUAUACACAGUUGUAUCCAUCUGACCAGCUCCUCGCCUCUGUUGUUUACAUGCGUGCGUGCUAUACGAAUAUUAGACGUAUUUUUUGUGUGAAAUUUGCAUAUAUUAAACUGUUAUUUCUUCAUGUUAGGACGUAAAUAUGCGACUGUUUUGCACAACUUAAUAAUAAAAAAAAGAUUCAUAAAUUUUAAAAACAAAAUUACUUCGACUGCUUUCUUUAUUAUUUAGAUAAGAUAUGCCUAUAAAGAACGGUCUGGACUGAAUUAUUUAGGUAAAUAAAUAUAACAAAAACUGCGACUAAUGCGUCACUAACUAAAAAUAAUGCACAUUCGUUUUUGUUCUGUUGUUUUUUGUUUUUGAGUAAUUGAAGUUACUGAGAAUGGUCUAUUCAUAAUCUGAACAGAAAUAAAACAGGAGCUCUUGCUUCAUGAAGCUGCCAUCAAAAAUGAUGUUCCCACUGCGAAAAAGCUAAUCAACGCCAAAGUUGAUGUGAACAGUAGAAGUCACAUGGACAGAGCUCCGGUUCACUGGGCAGCUUCUCGUGGUCACUUGGACAUUCUGGCUAUGCUUAUUGUGGUCAAAUGUGAUAUUGAAUCUGCCGACAAGUAUGGCAUGAGACCACUUCUACUAGCUGCCUGGUUCGGCCACAAGGGGGCGGUGCAGAUGUUAGUAGAAAACGGAGCUAACUGCAGAGCAACGAACAGGCAAGGACUUAAUGUCUUACACUGUGCAGUUCAAAACAACCACAUGGAUGUUGUUACUUUCCUCUUAGAGUCGGUGGAGAAUAUUGAAGUCAAUUCGUGUGAUAGAAACGGACAGACUUCGCUUCAUUCAGCCGUAGCUAACAACAACAUGGAUAUUGUCGAACAGCUAGUUAAGUUCGGAGCGGAUGUUAGCAUUAAAGACAAGACUGGAUCAACAGCCGUCCAUCUAGCGGCAGAAAAAGGUUACCAUUUGGUUCUAGUAAGACUUCUACGAGUUGGUGUGGAGAUAGAAGACCGCGAUGAGGAAGGACGAACUGCACUUCACCUGGCGGCACAAUAUAAUCACCAGAAAGUAGCAGAAAUACUUCUUGAGCAUAAUUGUGAUCCAGGGUCGGAGGAUGCGCCGGAUUUUAACGUUGGUGGCCGAACAGCUUUAUAUGUUGCUGCUAGAGGAAGUUUUACAGCAAUUGUUGACUUGCUGAUAGGUGUAGAGCGGGAACUUUCCAGUAAAACAAAUCAGGCUAACCACUCUCCUGAUCAAGCUGAGAAAAAUUCUUUCUGUGCGGAACAGAGCGAUGCUCAACACAAACAUAUGAAACAAGUACUCUGGACAUUAGCCAAAAGUCACCUUGAACCAAGUGACUGGCGCCAUCUGGCGAGAUACUGGAAAUUUACCGAAGAACAUAUGCGAGCCAUUGAGCACCAAUACACGGGGAAGACAAGUUACAAAGAUCAUGGUUACAGGAUGAUGAUAAUUUGGCUACAUGGACUUCCACCCACAAAAAAUCCCCUCAAGGAACUAUUUGAAGCACUUGUAGCAAUAGGAAAACGAGACGUAGCAGAAAAGAUACGUAGAAAAGUGGAGGAGGAUUAUAUGCCAAGAAGUUGUACACCAGAAAAGAUAUGUAUGAUGUGUUUAAUUUUAUGAUCAUCAAAUGAUCAAACUUUCAGAUUCCAACGACACCUGACACAUAUUUUAGUAAAGACAAAUGCCAUAAAGAUCUAGUUUCGUGUGCAAACCACAAUACAAAAUGAACAAAAGGCCACAAUGAAAGAAGUGGAAUGUUUUGCAGGGUUUUCAGUUUAAUCAAAUGAUAACAUUUAAACAGUUUGUGACUUAAAAUCUAUGCACUACAUUAAAUUACUGAGAUGUGCCAAUAAAAAGUCUUGUCGUUCAUUGUUGGACAGUGGUAUGUGACCGUCCGUACACACAUGUCCAGCUGUAUGAAAUAAAGUAUUAAACAAGAAAAAGAAAUGGUUCAGAAUGUCUUCGAUUCACAAAUAAUCAACUUUCUAAGGAUAAAAAAAUUAAGUCAGUGUUUUUCUCAUCUUCAUUUUGAAUGUAAAAAAUAAAAACCUAGGUAUGUGUUGCCAUUAGUUAAGCCCAAGUAAAACGAAUUCUAACGAAAUUAUAAAAAAUCUAAUUUGUAAAUUAAGGACAUAUUUACUAGUGCCUUUCCUAGUUAUCAGCCUGAGACAAAUUAACCAAAAAUAUUCCUUUCUAUUAUGCCUCAUAAUGUAGAUCUUUCUUCUAGGUAUUAGAAAAAAAUUUUUUUUUUUAUAUUUCAGUGAGUUUGGAUUACACUAACUAAACAUAAGUUGAAUAUCUUUGUUUAUGUGUUAACACCAAAAAAUAUAGUUAAGAGUGAGGGUAGAUAAAUGAAGAUUUAAUGCAUUCUAGUCAUUAUAGGUUUUAGGUCUUUGAUGCAUUAAUUUAUGAUAUUUAAUAAUUCUUGUCAGUUUGUCAUAGAAGUCCUUAAUUAAUUUAUAGAUUAUUUCAAACUUAUUUCCAUUCUGAUCUAUGCACUUAGUUUAAUUUUGAUCAGAAAAUCUUAAUAAUUAUUUUGUGAGCCCUCAACCUUAGUAGUAGAUAUCAUUACAGGUAUCACCUACCUCAAGAAUUUUGUACAUGGUAUUUAAAAAUACUCUCCACUAUGUCUUUAUCAGAUCGGGAUGCCAAAAACAGAAAAUCUGCUUAACUCACCUUGACACACUUUAACAGCACCUGUAAAAAAAUCUGGUUAUCAAAGAAUACUAACGUUUAACACUUGCAGUCAACAGAAAGUUCUUAAAUCUUUUAUCCAAAAAAGGCUUCUAGUGAUUGUCUCCAACAGUGCCCCAAGAACUGAUGCUGACCUUGAAACAUGUGUCAGAUGUAACAUUCCUACAUGUUUGGUACCUUUCAAAAUCAGUUUUGUUCAUAAAUUGUUAUAACAGCUGUGGAAUCUUGGAACACAGGCCACUGACUGUGUCUCUCAAGUAUCUGUGUUCAGAGGCUAACAGUAUUUAAAUCACCAAAUAAAAGUGAUUAUUGGACUUCAUAUUUGACUUAUUUGCUAGUGGCCUUUUUUAAUUACUGCAUAACAUAAGUAAAAAGGCCUUUUUUUCAUACAAUUCAGUCUUAAACUGAACAGGAACUUUGAAAUUUUUCAUGUUAGCAUCUUUUCUGACAAGAACAUCUGCCUGAAAAGAAAUGUUGUAAAAUACAUAAUCAAUUAUAUUAAAAAAAAAAGAGUUAAAUUAACAUACAAAGAACAUUUAGGCAAAAGGACUGCAAUGUUUAUAAGAGAGGUUCAAUUCAAAAUACUUAAUAAAUUAAGUGCCUAAAAUAAAAAACAUGCAAGGAUAAGAGAGUUGUAGUCACAAACAUUGUAGGAAAUUACCUAUAGAGCCAGUGGAUCUAUUUUAGUUUUCAGGAUUUUUAACAAUAUAAUGUGACUUUACCGUUCUGUUGUUUAAACAUGGGGUAACAAAACCAUUGAACUUGUCUGUUAAAAAUUUCUAAAUCCAGACUAUCCUCUUUAUGUACUUCUUUUAUACCUAAGUGUUUUAUUUACCAUCUUGCUGAACUAAUGUUUAAAUAUUAUUUGAUUGACAAUAAUGAAAAAAUAACCCAUGAAAGUGUUGCUACAAAAGCAAACUUGAAAGCUUAAAUAACACUGUAAGGGUAGAUAACAGAAGAUAUAAUGCAUUCUAGUGGUAUGUGACUGUUCGUAUGCCCAUACCAAGCUGUACGAAAUACAGUAUUAAACCGGAAAAAACAAAUUUUAUUUCUGCUUUGGUGAAAAGAAGAAUAAAAAAUACCAACCUCAAAUAAAGAAGAAAUAUACUAAAUCUGAUAAUGUAAUAUAUAUAUAAAGUUUCAAAAUGAGUCCUGGUUUGGAAUCUUUUUUAUGUGAGAAAAAUAAGAACAUCUUAACUGCUACAGUUUGAAUUUGUACAGGCUCCAAACCUCAAUCCACUUAAAAGAUCUAGGCAUUUAUAUUACAUAUGAUUUUGCUGAUUUAUCAGAAUUGAUAGUUGCUUCACAAAAGUUUGUUGAAAAGUGGAUGGACAAGAGUUGCAAAUGCGAGUUUAAAUAUCAUCAUAUGAAAUUUUCAAGGUAGGCCAUGUCUAAUAUUGUGAAAAUUCUUCAAAUAACAUUUAAAAAAAUUCCAGAAUAGUAAUUGAGUUCUCCUAUAUUCAUAACCCACAAGAAAAGGCUAUUUUUUGUACGGAGAUCUAUAUCAUUUUUUAAUGUCGUGAAUGUAUUAUAAAUAUAGGAUUGAUUCUAGAUUCUGAAAUUAGUUUUUUGAAGCAACCACUUAUGAAUUUAAUUGCUAUAUGUGUUUGAACUUCUUGUAAUAACACCCAUUACCUGUGAUUCUACACAUGUUGCUUGUCGAUUUUCUUGUGGAUUUUUCAGGACUUAUAUUUCUAAUUCCCUGCUAGAGAAAGCUUAUUUUUUUUCAGUUUUUGAAUGUUAUUGUGGUUAGUAUGAUGUUCUUACUGUGUUGCUGUUGUUAUCCUUGAAGGCAAUUUCAUAACCUUGAGUUUCUAUAUCUCUAAAAGUUAUCAAGUUAAUAUGAGUACAAUAUAAGAUACUUUUAAGCAAUCUUAAAGAGUUAAUAAAACUUCCAAACAUCCAAAUAACUGUAAUAUCAUAUUUAUAGCACAAGAUCUUUAUAUAAAACUGUUAUGCUUGAUAACUAAUUGUUAAUGCUUGACUGUUGAAGUCUUUGUGUUUGUAGCCUUUUAAAAAGAUUCUAUUAUAAAAGAAAGAAACUGUUCUACUUUUAUUUGAAUCAAAUAUAUCAAAGUAUAAUAGGACAGUUCCCUUUAUCACACACUGUAAAAUGAAAAAGAAUAACUGUAGUUUUUGAAAUUCUUACA